CCUCAUCUCUCCCGCCUCCCCAUCGACGACGCCGUGCUCACCACCAUGCUCUCCUCCCGCUGGCGCCGCAUCUGGCACCGCGUGCCGCUCGUCCUCUGCGACGACCACAUCCCCGCCUCCACCGAAGCGAGCGCAUCGCCACCAUCGACCACAUCGCUCACACGGGCCCGUUCCAGUCCCUCGAUCUCGCCUGCUGCUUCAAGGAGAAAGAGCGAGAGCUCGCCCAGUGGCAGCACCUCCUCGCCGACCGGGGCGUCCAGGACCUCGUCUUCGUCAGCAUACCGGGAGAUUUGGACCUGCGCCUUGCCUCGGACAUCCUCCGCUGCGACAAGCUCCGCAGCCUCUGCCUUGGUUACUGGACCUUUCCGGACACGCCCAACCUCCCCGACGGUGCGGGCGCCUUCCCGUACCUCGAGAAGCUUGCCAUCCUCUUCACCAAAAUGGAGGACCGGGACCUCGACCACAUGCUCGCCUCCAGUCCGGUGCUUAAGACCCUCACGCUCGAGCCAAUGCAGUGGCGUGCCCAACCACAUCCGCCUGCUCAGUCAAAGUCUCUAGUGCGCGCUCAUCGUCAAAUCCGGGAUCAUGGAUCUGGCGGUGAUGGAUGUCCCAUGCCUGGAACGGCUCAUCCUGCAUGGUAAUUCUGUCAACUUACCUCUCAGGAUUAUUAGAGCACCUGAGCUGAAGGUGCAUGGCUACGUGGAUACCAAAGCCCACCGGUUUCAAAUUGGGGACAACGUCAUAAAGGCUGACACUGAGGUAAGCCCAAGCUCCGAGGUCCCAAGUGUCAAGAUCUUAGCAGUGGAGGUGAAUUUGCAUAUCUUCAAAGAAGUUCAGAUGCUGUGCAGCUUCCUCAGAUGUUUUCCCAACAUUGAGAUACUACAUUUGGAGUCUGCUGGAGCUGAUGAACCCAGUGACAAGCCCGAUGCCGAGUUCUUUCAGCUGCCCAGUCCCAUUGAAUGUGUGCAAUCACACAUCAAGGAGGUGUUUCUCAAUGAGUUCCAAGGUCAUCAAUGUGAGAUGGCAUUCCUUAAGUACCUAUGUCGGAGAGCAAACCAGAUGCAAAAGUUGACACUAGUGUUGCGUGGUACAAUGCUUGACUCUGUGGAUAAGAUCAAGGUUCAACUGGAUGAUCUAGUUCUUCCAUCGGUCGCUAGUGAAGCUUGUACAGUUUUGCUUCUAGGGCCUGCAGUGGAUCUAUAUUGGUCCUCCUUCUAUAGGGCAUCUGAUCUUUCUAUCCAUGAUCCAUUUCUUUCAGAUCAUGAGAAUGAGCCCUUCAUUUCAUUAAAGAGGGAGAAUAAAGUGUGGAUAGAACAAACAUAAGUCCAGGAUUGUUUCACGACCCAAACUGUGCAGGGAGGAGGAAAUAAUCCAGAGCCUAGAGCUGAAGAAGAGGCCAUGGGCCGUGGCGAAAGGAUGAAGAAGCCUCUGAAGCGAAUGAAUCUGUGAAGACCUUGUAGUGGCAGAGCCCUGGUCGAUGUAAUAUAGAUACUGGAGAGCUCGUGAGAAAGGGUAUUGUUGAUGUCAUGAGUUAAUAAACUCAGACCCUAGCUUCUAUACCAACUUCCCUGUCUGCCUCGACUGUUCCAGACUUCCCAUCGAAUUUUACCAUAUGCCUAUCCAAUUAUCAUGUUUUGUGUUGAUUGAUCGAGAUUAUUGUGACGAUGGGAAUGAGAUCUUCAGUGACAUUAAAAAGGGAGUACAAGAUGUUAACUGAACAAGCACCAGCACAACACAGAUGGAGAUGAGCUCACCAGUUUUGAUGAGUCUUGUAAUCUGAUUGACUAGAAGGUGGUUAUAUGUUUCAGGGUCUAAGGUAGCCUUAUAAGAAAGUAUUGUCAUUCUGGUCAUGAAACAGAAGAUAUGAACCGUGUUACAUAGCGUAAGCAUCAAAUUGUGCACUAUGAUGGUUCCCUUUAAGAAUUUUUGUUACCUUUAUGAGGUUCGUUACUAUUUACUACAUCAUAGAUACAUGUGUUUGAUGGUA